AACCCGGACGUCAGUCAAGUGCUCGAAGACAAGACCAAACGUAUCGCUCAACUCAAGAGGAGAUUAACUCUCAUUCACUCUAUCGUUCAGAACUGCAACCAAAGGGUCGCCAAACUCUUCACCACUUCGGCAGCCAUUCAGUCGACCAGUCAUUGAGCCACUCAUCGGAUCCCAAGACAUGACAAAACAGCAGAUGAAGAGUCCAAUUGAGGCCAUCGUUGAGUAUAUGAAGACAUUUGUGGAGCAAUUGGUGGCAAAAGAGGACUCUAUUGAUGUCAUAAUCACUGAAUGCUUGCAAUCAAUGGUCGCAUCCGUUGACCACAAGUGCCAUGAAUUGAGUGAUGAGUCGACGGAUGGCAUCAAAAGUGGCGACAAUUUAGGCGUCGAUGACAUCGAUAUGAGUGAAGACUUUUGGGACGAAUUAGACGACGAUUUUGACAUCAAUUUCAGUGAUAAUGACAUGAAAUCGAGUCCUCGAGAGUUGACCACAACUUCAGACGAGAAGCGAUUGGAUUUCAAUCAGAAGUUCUCGUUAUUGUUGUCUGAAUUGAUGGCCAAACCCUCGACAGACACCUCUCGUGUGGACGUCUCAGUGAUGGCCACAAGACUUGUCUCACAAUUGGAUUCAAUUAAUGAUGCCAUUCUUGGACUCAUCCAUCGAUUGAGACAAAUGUCGGAUCCGAUGAAGAAA